AUGCUAUUCUCUUUGACUGAUGCGAUGCGACGGACGAGGCUUGCACAGACUUCAACGACGCGAUGCAUCAGCUACGCAUGCAAGACCAAAUCCAAAGAAGAAACCCACUGGCAGCGUCCUCCGGACCCGACUACAUCGUCGUUUGGAAUUGACGUCUUUAUGGUACUAGUUGCAUCUGCCCUGACUAUGUUUGAAAGACCGUUGGAUUUGAGCCAGAACUUCCCGAGAACGCUCGCAGGAGAACCAUCUCCAAAGGGUCAAGACCUUCUAGACCUCUCGAAUGGGAGGGCAGUUGUCAUUGGGAUGGACAUUAACCACUUCUCGACGACCGACCAUGAUACGAAACUGAAGGGCAACGGCUCUCCGAGUCCAGCUUCAGGUCGCCAAUCAGCAGCUAUGCUAUCCAACCAACUCGUCCUCUUCUCCAUUCUCGUUUGUGGCCUGUUCGUCACCGCGGCACCCGAAAAGCGUUUUAACUGCAAUAACUACGAACUGGAAAAGCGUGGUGAGCAGCCCGAGAGACGUUUCUACUACAACAACUACGAAGCUCAAAAGCGUAACGAGCAACCAGCUGAGAGACGCUUCUACUACAACCACUACGACAUGGAGAAGCGAGGGGAUGAGGCGGAGGAGAGGCUAGUAGAUGAUGUUCCGGAGUCCGUCGCCGCCUAA